AUGCCUCUAUUGAAAAGAAAAGCCUUUGAGAAAUCGACGGCGUCUGAGUACCUUCGCGACGAUGACGAGGUCUUCCAUUGCGAGAUCACCGACGAGAUAUUUAAGGAUUAUGAGGAAUACUGUGAGAGGAUCAUAUUGGUUAAUUCCAUGGUGUGGACCUGUGAGAUGACAGGGAAGAAUAACUUAACUUAUGCAGAGGCAUUGGAGAGUGAGAAAGCUGCAAGGAAAUCUUUGAAAGACUUUCCCAUGGAGCUUCGCAUACCAAUUCUAUACUUAGCCUCAAAAACCAAUAGAAGUUCUUUUGCAGAAAUGUCAGAGGAUGUUUUUAAUUUUGUAAGAGAAAGAUAUUUUGUUGGGGAGUCAGUUGAAGCAUGCCUUGAAGGUGAUUUGUGGCGUGAGGCUCACAUUCUGUCAGUAACAGCUCAGAAACAACAUCCAGGAAGCACAACAACUCUCCCUGCAUCAUCAUACUGCUAUGAAGUAGAACAGUUUCAGGAAUCUGAGCAAACCUCUGCAGGCCAGAUAGGUACAGCUCCAUAUGACCGAGUGCGUCGGCGUAAAGGCAUUUACUCGCGUGAUAAAAACCGUCUAUUCCUCAAACAGUUUGUAGAACAAGGCCCUGGUGGGGUAAUAAUAAUUAAGAAAUCUGCUAUUGAAAGAUAUAACAUCAACAGAGUAAAUUUUGACCAGAUAUUUACUGGUAGCCCUCCUGAAUUUGCAGCUUCUAAAAAGCUGAUGAAGUCCAGCAUAUCACCUGCAGCAUCCAAGAGUUUGGCUAAACCUGGCUCUGCAUCCAAACUAAAUAAAUCCUUAAAAAAAGGCAGUCCUGACAAGAAGGGCAGACAGGAGUCUAUGGACAAAUUUGUCAAAAAAACUGACAAAUCUGAAGCAUCACCAAAACCCAAACCGCCAUUAAAUCCAGAUGCCAAGAAGAAUGCACAGGACCUAGCAGAGAAGAUGCGAAGAGCAGAGAAUCAGAUGAGACAGCGCAAAGAAGAGGAGAAGGCUAAAAAGAAAGAGAAGAAUGCGCGAUUGCAAGCACAUCUAAAGGAGUGGCAAAAGAUCAAGGAAGAUCAGGAGUUAGAGGACCAUAAGAUCAUACCAAAAGCUACCCCAGUAGAAGUUCAAGGUAUACCCCACAAACAUUUUGGUGAUUUCCUCUCAGUACUAGAGUUUAUUCACAUGUACAGUGACAUCCUAAAACUUAAGGAUGUAUUCCACAAUGACUUUGAUUUGGAGCUGUUCAGGAAGGCAUUGACAUUGAAGGAAUAUGCUGGUGCGUUCAGUGACUUGGUCCAAAUGUUCCUCACCACUAUAUUCACACUUCAAGAAGAUGAAGCUGAGGAGUAUAAUGAGGGUGGCGGUAUGCAAGAGUCAACAGAGGACACAGAGCUUGAGAGUGAUAUUGGAGUGUCAAAGGCAAUAGAGUUAGCCACAAAGGCUAGCAAAUGGUCUCAGACUUAUCUUGGAACCCCACUUAGCAAGCUGCCACUUGACCCAACCACUGUUAGUGAAGUUUUAAGGCUGCACAUGUUGUCGUCGGGCGGUGCGAGUGGUGGACGAGGCGCGGCGUGGCGCAGCGUGCAGCGCGGCGGCUACUGCGGCGCGGACGACGCCGCGCUGCGCAUGCGCAUCACGCGCCCGCGCCCGCUGCGCGCGCUCGCCGCCGCGCACGUGGCCGACCUGCCGCUAGAGGAAAAAUUUUUAAUUCUACAAUGCCUGAUGAAUCAAAUUCUAAGUUAUGCGAGCAUUCGCGAUAUAACCGAGGAGAGACUUGAAGAGUAUAAGGCUGCAAGGCAGUCGCUUCGUUUAUUGCAGAUCAAUGAACGAAAACGAGAAGUACAAUUAAUAGCAACACGCCAGGAGCUAAAGAAAGAAUUCUUUGCUAAGAAAGAGGAACAGAAGUUGACAGGAGAAGCGGCUAAGGCUGUUGAUGAAGAGUUAAAAGCAGCCACAGAUAAACUAAACAGAGAGAGUGAAGUGAAGCGUCAUGAGUACGAGAAGAAACUGAAAGAGUUACAAUCAUCUUUGUUUAGCUACACAUCAUACCUUGGUAUGGACCGAGCGUUUCGGCGCUACUGGGUGAUGAAGCGCGUGGGCGGACUGUUCGUGGAGGCGGGCGGCGACGGGGACGAGCGCGGAACUUGCCGACACAAGAUGGCCGUCGCCGCAGGAGUGUACCGCGACGAGAGAGCCGGCAGUGACAAAGAGAAUGAGUCCGCUGCUAACUCCCGGAACGGAUCACCCAAGAAGCCACUGAUUCAAAUAAACGGAAUCGCCCACAAAAUCAAUGGCACAGAACAAGGAUCACCACCCAGCCCGCUAGCGUUGCAACGGGCACGGGACCUCAUGUUGUGCACUGCUGAUAUCAACACAUGUUAUGUGCAUGGAAAGGUGGAUCGACCACAUUGGUCAGUGUACCACACAGAAGAACAAAUUGAAAGUUUGAUCCAGUCAUUGAACAAACGUGGACUACGCGAGAACGAACUUCGUCACUCUCUGGAACAGAAUGGCACGAAUUUAAUAAACCAUGUGAAAAAGUGUCCAUUGCAUUUACUGAACCCCACUGUGGAAACCCCUCCAAUUCCGCCAUCGCAUCACAUGACGCGACAGCGGCGUUUCCAACCUUCACUAAACGUGCCUCCAGACGUUACUCUCACUGAAGCGCUAGAACUAUCUUUGCGAGAUCACAUUCUAGAACUUGAGGAGAAGAUCUUCCAUGGGUGCUUAGGGGCGCUUAAAGUCAAGGACCGAGAAGCGUGGCGAGGCACGAUAAUGCUGAAGGGCUACGACAAGCAGGCUGACUACCUGAGCUGGGGACCAGGCCAGCAGUACCGGGACGAUUACCACAUGCCAAAUGGUGUGCUUCGAUUGCCUGAUGAUGUUGAUAAGGAAGGCAUAAAAGCGAUACCAGAAAACAAAUACCGCGACCCGGGGCAUUAUCUUGAAGCGCCGAAGGUGAAUGGAAUAAAGAAGGAGCCCGAGAAUAUAGCCGAGGCAGGGGCAAGUCCGGAAGUUGUUCGAGGACUUGCAUCUGCUCUGCUACAAAUUUCACAAGCUAUUCACCAUAAAUAUCUUAAAAGGCCUCUAGGUUUAGACGACAAGGAACGCAAAGACCGCGAAGCCAAAAACAAACCUCUAGACCUGGAAGCACUUGAAAGGUGGGAGGUGUCAUUGAUGGAAUGCCGGAGCUUUGCCCAAAUAGUGCUGCAUUUACUAACUCUAGACUCUAGUAUAACUUGGUCUGCCAGUAUCCUGAAUGCCAGCUGCAGAUUGUGCAGAAGGAAAACUGAUCCAGACAACAUGUUGCUGUGCGAUGGAUGCAACAAGGGACACCAUUUGUACUGUCUCAAACCUAAACUAUCUAAAGUACCUGACGGCGACUGGUUCUGUGAUCAAUGUAGGCCAAAAGAGAAGAUUCCAAGAAAGAGGAGAAAGCUGUUCUCUGAUGACGACGUUGAGGAAGAUCUGGACAACAGCGGUGGCGGUGGCGAGGAGUGGGGCGGCGUGUGUGCGGCGUGUGGCAGCGGCGGGCGACUUGCGGCCGCGUGUCGAGCCUGCGCCGCGCGCUGCCACGCCGAAUGCCUCGCCACGCGCCGCGCGCUCUGCGCCGACUGCAGGCCUGCGCGCAGAGAACACACAGUCCGUCGGUGCGCGGCGAACGCCAUCAACAACAUCCACGAAUACGCGCGAGCGCUGGAGGGACGGAGGGACUCCUCUGAUUCAGAAGACAGUGAAUACAAUACGGCGCUGGUCAAACUCAAGAAGCGCAAGUCACGCGGAAGUAAGGACCACUCCCCUCUACCAAACGGCACAACUAAGAGCAGUAAGAGGGGACGGAAACCUAAGAGUGAAAUGAAUGGCACAGCAGGUAGAAAAUCCAAAGCGUCCCUCACAAAUGGUGAUCAUGAGGAACGCAGCUCUUCAAGAAAGAAGGGCGGUCGACAUGAAGUUCAACUGCACACGGAGGCGUUGGAGACUUUGCUGCGAGACGUCCUCAAGCACAAAGACAGCUGGCCCUUCAGCGAACCAGUCUCCAUAGAUGACGUGCCGGACUAUUUGCUAGUGAUCGAGGAGCCGAUGGACUUCAACACUAUCAAAGGGAAGCUCGAGACCGGCGAGUACAGCAGCGACAGUGAACUGCUAGCUGACGCCGCACUCGUCUUCACCAACUGCUUCACCUACAACAAAGACACACACCCAGUGGCCAGAGCGGGCUACCGAUUAGAAAAGUACGUCGCGAAGCGCUGCGCCGAGUUAGACCUCCCUCCUCUGCCUGAAGCGAACCUUGAAAGUGACCAAGAAGCAAGCAAACGCAAGAACGAAGAUGGUGAUGAUGAGGGCCCCAAAUCUAAAAGAUCCAAGCUCAAGUGA